CAACCCGCGAUCUUAAAUUGAAUUUCAUUCGUCGUGGUAUUUGAGUGCUACUCCACUACGAAUUAAAGUGCAUGGUUAUAAUGCAUGAAGAUUUUAAACGUCGAACACGAUCCACUUAAAUAUAAUAUAGAUAGAUACACAUUUGAAAGUGUCAGGCGCUUAAUAAAAGAAGUCGAAAAUAUGUUUAAGUGGUACAUAAUUGUGAUAUGAUAUAUGGUAAGAAAGUGGGAUAUAAAGACAGUUGAUUUCCGUGGUGUGCGUACGGGCGUGCGAUAGAGAGACCGAGCACUGUCUGGGUGUAAUUUGGUAGAACAAAGGACAAUUUGAAGACACUGACUUACGUGGUGUAAGGUUACAGAUUUACGAAGGUUUGUUGGCAAUUAGCGCAGACUGUUAUCAAUACGCCCUGGAAUUUAAUUGUAUAAUUUAUCGGAGUAGCUUCAACUUGUCGCUUGCUAUUUUAGAGACAUUUUGGAAUUCUGACUAAGAGAUUUGCGAUACGGUGUUUGCCUGAUCUUAUUUUCGGCGAGUUUAACUGGAGUAUGGAAUAGCCUGAUAGACACAGUUACGUGAAACACUUAAACGAGUUAGUUGGGUAUUUUGUGGGCAAAGUUGAAAAAAAAACACUAAAUGAUAUUAUGUGCUCUGGAAUAAAAAACAUAAGGUAAAGACAAGUAAAACGUAAGGUAAAGACAAGAAAAACAUAAGGUAAAGACAAGUAAAACGUAAGGUAAAGACAAGUAAAACAUAAGGUAAAGACAAGUAAAACGUAAUGUUCGUCACUUAACUUCGCAUUUGUUGUUUUUUUUCUUGCCGAUGUUCACUUAUAAUCAAAGACUCUCAUUGGAAUAUUUAUUUAUUUUCGUUUAUAAUAUGUACUGAAAUGAUCUGGAUUUACAAUCAUACGGAAAUAUGAAGAUGAAAGUUUUGCGCGUGCACAGAGGCACGUGCAUUUCACUCGUGCUAUUAGCAGUGUGUCACGUGGUACAUAGCCAGGAAUUACAAUCAGGAAUGCCGAACGUGUGCCAGUACCAGCACGUGGAAAUGAGCACGAGUCGCCAGCCGUGUGUUCAAUCGUACACCCGCUUCGUCAAGGUGUGGAAGCCAAACUGCAGUGACAACCAGCAGUGGUGUGUCGGAUAUGAACGCAGGACGGAGUACCACAUGACUUACCGUGAGAAGCUCGAGCCCCACCCCAUCGUUCGGUACCGCUGCUGUCACGGCUGGAGACAGACUUCCGGGCAGCAGGGCUGCAGCCUGCGAGACUGCAAUGUGGCUAUGUGUUUGAAUGGCGGACAGUGUGACGGUGAACACGGACAGAGAUGUGUCUGUCUGGCAGGCUUCCUGGGGGCGAGGUGUGAGCAUGACGUGAACGAGUGCGAGACCGAAAAUGGCGGCUGCAGCCACGACUGUCAUAACACCGCUGGUUCCUAUGUGUGCAAGUGUCGGACUGGGUACCAGCUAGCAAGGGACGGGAAGACGUGUUUAGAUGUCGACGAGUGUUUGACUAACAACGGUGGCUGCGAGUUCCGGUGCGAGAACCAGCGAGGCUACUUUACCUGCACGUGCCCGACCGGACAAACGCUACAUCCGGACGGCAGAAGCUGCGUCGAGACUAACACUAUCGGACUAACAACGCCUGCUGCUAGUAAUAACCCGUAUAUUCUUACCGCUUUCUCGCACACACAUCUUCCUCCUUCAGCCACUGGUUCCAGCUUCGAUAGCGGCGGCACCACACAGCUACCGGUGCAGGAUUUACACUUAGCUUUGCACGCCACUAACACUGGGCCUAUCGCUAACGCUUAUCGUGUGAAUAGCUUUACUAAUAUCGCCCAUUCGCAGCAAGAUUUUAUUUUACACAAACCCGACGACAACGGUCGCCUUGUUGCCAUACUUGACCAAUCAGAAGUUGAUAGUUCAGUUACCGAUACUUCAUCGGGAACAAAUAAUCUCGUGGAACACGUGGAUACUUCCGGAGACUUAAUCUCGCUUACGUCAGACGGGUUUUCCAACAUGAUUGCAUCAGACGGUAACGUUCGUAUUCAUAAAAGACGUGAAACAAACAGUAUCUAUCAAGACCUCUCGGAUAAUGAACUAUUUAAGACCGAGUCGGGUACUGCGUUCUCUGCUUCCGAACCAUGGCCGUUGAUGUCAGGUCAGCAGCCGAUGUCCCGGAUGUUGAGCGCUAGAGCCUCUCCUAUGGCCUACACUGGUCUCCACGGGGCAGACCCGUGCGGGCGUGAUAGGGGCGGCUGCGAACACGACUGCGUGGCGGACAACGGGCGCGCCUCCUGUCGUUGCUACACCGGAUAUAGACUAAACGGAGACAUGCGCAGCUGCGACGAUAUCGACGAGUGUUCCCAGAACAAGGGCGGAUGCACCCAGGCCUGCAUCAACACCCAGGGCUCAUUCACGUGCACGUGUACCCCGGGCUAUCAGCUGGGUGUGGAUGGCAGACAGUGCUACCGUAUCGAGUUGGAGGUGAUUGAUGGAUGUGCAGUAAACAACGGCGGCUGUCACCACCACUGCGUCUACAGGAACGGGCAGACCACGUGCACGUGUAGACGGGGAUACGUGCUCAAGAUUGACAACAAGACAUGCGAAGAUAUUGACGAAUGCGCCACUAGAGAGGCGUGCUGUCCACACAGCUGUCACAACGAGCAAGGCGGUUACACGUGCAGCUGCAGGGAGGGAUUCCUACCCAACCCCCGGGACAGCUGUAUAUGUGAAGAUGUUGACGAGUGCCUUGCCAACAAUGGCGGCUGUGAACAGCUUUGUGUGAAUGCGGAGGGAGCCCACAGCUGCGCCUGCCGCACCGGCUUCUACCUCGCGCCGGAUCGGAAGCGUUGUCUGGACCUGCGCGGUCAGACGCGACGCCCGACGACAGGCAGUCCCGGUCGGGAGCAAUUUCCGGCGUUGCGGUACGAGACAUCGCCGACUCCGAUCCUGUCGCUGGACGAGUACGAUAUCCAGUUACCGCAGGAACAGAAGGACCAGAAGGCAGUGUACGAGUGCAUCCCGGGACGGUUCGGUGCGGAGUGCAUCUACACGUGCGGUGACUGCCUCAAUGGCGGACACUGUAACCGGAAGCGCACCGGCUGUACAUGCGCAGCGGGAUGGCAAGGCGUCAUCUGCAAUGAAACCUGUUCACAGGGUACUUUCGGAUCCAGCUGUAAUAGCAUAUGCACAUGCCAAAACGGCGGUUCGUGUGACCAUGUGACAGGAAGGUGCACGUGCCCGCCGGGUGUCAAGGGCGACAACUGCGAGGACGGGUGUCCCCCAGGUCUCUACGGGAAGCUAUGUGACAAGCCCUGUCCAAAAGUUUGCCCCACAGGGUACUGUGACCGGAUGUUCGGCUUCUGUGAGUGCCUACCUGGAUUCUUCGGUCCUUCGUGCAACAUCCCGUGCCCGGAGUUGACGUAUGGUGCUAACUGCAACCAGCACUGCGAUUGUGAUAAAGAGAAAACCUCAAAAUGUAACCCAAAGAAUGGGGAAUGCCUCUGCAAGCCAGGCUACCACGGUCCCCGGUGUGUGGAGGGGUGUCCCAGGGGCAUGUUCGGUCCGGGAUGCGCCAUGCACUGUAGGUGCGACGCAAACCUGGAAUGUGACCAUGUGACGGGGGAAUGCAUCCCCAACUGUCCGCCGGGAACCAUGGGCCGGAAAUGCAAUAAACCUUGUAAGAAGGGCCACUUCGGUAGCGGAUGUUCCCGCAAAUGCCAUUGCAAUGGGAGCCCCUGUGACUCACAAAGUGGCGAGUGCGUCUGUGCACCGGGUCGGAGAGGCAGGAAGUGCAAGAAGAAAUGUCCGCCUGGCUACUACGGGGUGAACUGCCGGGAGGAGUGUGGCUGCCAGAAUGACGCCGGAUGUGACGCAGUGACCGGCGAGUGCCUUUGUCUGCCCGGAUACCAUGGCAACAAAUGCUCGCAAGUGUGUCCCGCCGGGCGCUACGGGAAGGGCUGUGUUGAGCAGUGUCGCUGUGAAAAUGGGGCUCACUGUCACCCACAGAACGGGCUAUGCACGUGCCCCGUAGGCUACAUUGGGAAGUUCUGUGAGACUGCAUGUCCCGCGGGUUCAUUCGGGCAGGGCUGUAGAGAGCAUUGCCAAUGCGAGAACCACGCAGAGUGUGACUUCAAGACGGGGACCUGUCUCUGUCCCCCGGGAUUCAUGGGUCGCUACUGCAGUCAGAACUGCACAAAUGGAACAUACGGCGCCGGAUGUAACGAGGUGUGUGACUGUCGGAACAACGCCACCUGCGACCACGUGACCGGAGUGUGCUGGUGCGCGCCGGGAUGGCGCGGAACUCAGUGCAAUAAAGGCUGCCCGAUGGGAUUCUAUGGUCAAGACUGUCUGGGGGUGUGCAACUGCGAUAACGGCGCCCUCUGCGACCAUGUGACAGGCGAGUGCACGUGUGCGUCCGGGUACACAGGGAUCAACUGCAACGAAAAAUGCCAGGAGGGUCGCUAUGGUGAGAAAUGUGAGCGCGUGUGUGAGUGCAGGAACGGAGGCACUUGCGACACGGUGACCGGAGUGUGCGUCUGUCCGCCCGGCUGGCAGGGGGCGCUCUGCGAGGAAGAAUGCGAGACUGGUCGCUACGGGGUGAUGUGUUACCGGCGCUGCUACUGUAGCGGCCAUCCGUGUGACAGAGUGACGGGCCGAUGUCUGUGUGACGCGGGAUUCAUGGGCGUGGCCUGCGAACAAACCUGUCCUGAAUGGCGGUACGGACCAAACUGCGCCAAGGCGUGCACGUGUCCGAACAGCGUCGCGUGCGACCCCAUGACCGGAAGGUGCGCUUGUCAGCCGGGAUAUGUGGGCGAGCGAUGCGAGGAUGUGUGCGAGGAAGGUUUCUAUGGUAACGAAUGCCUCGAGCGCUGUGACUGCCUCAACAACGGCACGUGCGCGACAGACACAGGCGCCUGCUUGUGUUCACCGGGCUGGCGGGGCAAACGAUGUCAGAAACCCUGUCAGCCCGGCACGUACGGGGACCAGUGUGAGCUGCUGUGCACGUGCAAGGAGGGCCAGCCGUGCUAUCACGUGACCGGCGAGUGCGCAUGUCCGCCUGGGUACCUGGGACCCGCGUGUGAACAAGCCUGUCCUCCCGGUACUUUCGGGCCGGAAUGCCGGGGCACCUGCGUGUGUGGCGCUAACCAGAACUGCGACCACGUGACCGGAAACUGUGUUUGCAAGCCGGGCUCCAAGGGCAAGAACUGUCAAACAGUGAAGGCUCGGCGUACUAACGAUCUCCUUCAUGACCGCCAGGGGUCGCAGUUUUGGUUGGAGCUAGCCGAGCGCAAUCUCGUGGCGGAGGACCUCGUUCAAGGAUGCAGCGAGGGAGAGUACGGGCCAGGGUGUGACCGGAAGUGCCAGUGUGACCACGGCGCCGUCUGUGACAUGCACAGCGGACAGUGUCUCUGUCGCGAGGGACACAUAGGAGCCACGUGCUCGCUCGAGUGCCCAGAUGGCCGCUGGGGUGAGAACUGUACGGAGAUCUGUGACUGCAUGAACGGGGCUUCCUGUGAGCGCGGUAGUGGUCCGUGCCGCUGCCUACCCGGGUACGCCGGGCCCAGAUGUGAGAGAGAGUGUGACGAAGGCUAUUAUGGGGACCAGUGUCGACAGCGAUGCACGUGCAUUAAUGGUCACUGUGACCCCGUUUCUGGGCACUGCGCGUGCGACCUCGGUUGGCACGGGAGCACGUGCGAAUCGGUGUGUUCUACGGGUAGAUACGGUCCGGGCUGCGUGCACUCGUGCCGCUGCGAGAACGGAGCGCAGUGCGACCAUGUGACCGGAUGUUGUUCUUGCCGCCCAGGCUUUUAUGGCCAGUUGUGUGAACAUGUGUGCCCUAGGGGCCGCCACGGGGAGUACUGCCGGGAGCGAUGUGAUUGCCAGAACGGCGCCACGUGUCAGCCCAGCACGGGCUCAUGUGACUGUCCGCCCGGAUACACGGGCCUUGCCUGCGAGAAAGCUUGCCAGAACCGGACGUUCGGUGUGCGAUGCAACAGAUCAUGUGACUGCGGGUCGUACCCCUGCCACCACGUUACAGGGCAGUGCCAAUGCCCGCCGGGUCUGAGUCUACCAAAGUGCUCUCAGCCGUGCCCUGCAGGUCGGUAUGGCCCCUCUUGCAUGUUCCAGUGUGACUGUGAAAGUGGAGCCGGAUGUGACCCCGUCUCGGGAGCCUGUAUAUGUCCCUUCGGCUGGAUAGGCCCACGCUGCGACCAAGAAAUAAUGUUGCCAGGGCAAGGUCACAGGCGUGGGGACAUCCCCUGGCAGUGGAACUACGCGCGCAGGCGCAGAUGACACGCGUCGCCUGCUUAACCCCAUCACCGGAAACUGCUCUCUGACGUCAUAAUUGUGUCAAACACUUCCCGUGCCGUUCAAAGAAGCUGAAAGUGACGCCUCGAUAUCUUCGCAUUCACUUGCAUGGACGCGAUAUUUAUUAUGUACGGGGUUUAACGCAAAUUUAAUAUUGCUUAUUAUUAUUGUAAUUAGUACGAAAAUAUAUAUCAAAUUCAUCACAGAACAUGCAGUGAUGGCGAUAUGGGUGUGUGUAUUUUAUUAUUGCUAUAUUUGUUUGUUAUUAUGAUUAUUAUAACAAAGGAUACAUGGACAUGUGUGACCUGUUUGUUUGUGAAAGAUAUAUGAUGAAGUGGUUAUAAUUGAUAGAUUACAGUGUUGCUUAUUUACGAACACUUGACUCAAAGUGUCGUGACAAACGUGUGUUGACGCGGCAGACAUUGCGUGACCCAAAGUGUCGUGACAAACGUGUGUUUACGCGGCAGACAUUGCGUAUGCGCGUACCCUGGCCAGUAGUUGUUCAUGUGCACCGUCCGUUUGUAUGCGGGGUUACAUGGGUGUGACAUAUAAAUGAGGUUAUUGAGACAUUAUUAAACAAUGGAUGUGCGCUUCAAAAUAUGUGAAACAUAAAUAUUCGUUUUUCAGCACGAAUGUAAACGAUGUCCGCGCUCUGAUUGUGAAUGUUUCUUUCGUUACUUUUUGAUGAGCAUUUGUAAGUUAAAGUUACUUCUAUUCAUAUCAUCUGUUUUAUGCAUGUGGUCAUUCGGAUUAGUUGUACUUGGAACGGUUAUCGCGUUAAUUAAGCAUGUAGCAUUACAUGUGCAUUGUGCCAUGUCAGGACUAAGCUGACCGUUUUAAUCGUACAAAUCAUGCAUAUUACCGUAUUAAAUUAUUAAUGUAACGAAACGUAUGUUUGCUCUAUGCUGCGUUACAUGCGUUCUCGUUUUGAUAACGAUUACUUUCGAUAGUUAUGAAACCGAUCGCUUCAUUUUAAUGUUAUUUUACACAACACUGACUAUAAUGUAUGAGCAUCGUUCACAACACAGACUAUAGUGUAUGAGCAUCGUUCACAACACUGACUACAGUGUAUGAGCAUCGUUCUGGGAAAACGGGGCUCAAUGCAUGUUCCUUAAGUUUCCGCACAGGAUUGUCAGCACGUCACUUUCCGGCUAAACGGGAUAUGUUGCAAGAAAAGACUUUCUUAAAACGAAAUAUACCAUAAAAAGGGAAAGUGUCGUCCCUGAUUAGCAUGUGCAGACUCUGUGCACUUUCAUACAGAUCAGUCGUCCCUGAUUAGCCUGUGCGGACUCUGUGUACUUUCAUACAGACCAGACGUCCAUGAUUAGCCUGUGCGGACUCUGUGCACUUUCAUACAGACCAGUCGUCCCUGAUUAGCCUGUGCGGACUCUGUGAACUUUCAUACAGACCAGUCGUCCCUGAUUAGCCUGUGCGGACUCUGUGUACUUUCAUACAGACCAGUCGUCCCUGAUUAGCCUGUGCGGACUCUGUUCACUUUCAUACAGACCAGUCGUCUCUGAUUAGCCUGUGCGGACUCUGUGCACUUUCAUACAGACCAGUCGUCCCUGAUUAGCCUGUGCGGACUCUGUGCACUUUCAUACAGACCAGUCGUCCCUGAUUAGCCUGUGCGGACUCUGUGCACUUUCAUACAGACCAGUCGUCCCUGAUUAGCCUGUGCGGACUCUGUGUACUUUCAUACAGACCAGUCGUCCCUGAUAAGCCUGUGCAGACUCUGUGUUCUUUCAUACAGACCAGUCGUCCCUGAUUAGCUUGUGCAGACUGUAUGCACUUUCAUACAGAUUCUCAGAACGAGGCUCAUAUUGUGUUGUGAAACAAAAAAAAAAUCAUUUAUAUUUUAUUGUUAGUAAAAUAAAUGUAUACCAUGUU